AUGACAUCGCCCAAGCACAUUGAGGUCGGCACCGACCAGACCUUUGCGCUCAUUGCGCAAGGGAUGCACUAUCGCUUCCACGUCGACCAGCACGGCGAGCUCGUGCACGACCACUUUGGCUCGCCAGCUCCUGCCCUCCCACCACGAGGCGCCGCCGAUGACCUCCCUGGCUGGGGUACACGCCUUGUGGACGAGAUGCGCGAGCUGCCCGACUCGGGACGCGGUGACAUGCGUUUGCCGGCCAUCCACAUCCGCCAUGGGGCUGGUCACACCGUCACUGCCUUUGAGUAUGCCAGCCACGAGGUUGUCGAAGGCAAGCCCGGACUCCCUGGUCUUCCCGCUACGUGGGGAGCAGCCGACAACGUGAGCACACUUCUCGUGAACCUCGUGGAUGAGGAAGCCCAGCUCUCGGCCGUGCUCCGGUACUCCGUUUUCCCAAAGUACAACGCCGUCGCGAGGAGCUUCACGAUCACCAACAAUGGUACUGCGGCCGCGGAAAUUCAGCGCGCUGCGAGCUUUACACUCAACCUUGAACCUGGGGACUGGGACAUGAUCCAGCUCUCGGGUGACUGGUCGCGUGAGACCCGCCAGAUGCGCCGUCCCGUUCACGUCGGCACCCAGGGAUUCCAGAGCUCCACCGGUUACUCGUCGCACUACUUCAACCCCUUUGUCGCCCUCACCUCGUCCACCACUACCGAGAACCAGGGCGAAGCCUACGGCCUGAGCUUGAUUUACAGCGGCUCGUUCUCGGUCGACGUCGAGCGCUUUGUGAGCGACAAGGUGCGCGCCAAUAUCGGGUUGCACCCUCUCCACCUUAGCUGGAACUUGGCACCUGGUGAGAGCUUUACGAGCCCCGAGGCCGUCGCUGUCUAUUCGUCCAACGGCAUUGGCGGCAUGAGCCGCUCUCUUCACAGCCUGUACAGGAACCACCUUUCACGCUCUGUGUGGACCAAGCGCACUCGCCCACCUCUUCUCAACUCGUGGGAGGGCAUGUACUUUGACUUUGACGCAGCGGCACUGUAUGAGCGUGCCAAGUCGUGUGCCGAGCUCGGUAUCCGCCUCUUCGUCAUGGACGAUGGCUGGUUUGGCGACAAGCACCCGCGCCUGAACGACACGACCAGUCUCGGUGACUGGUUUGUCAACCAGAAACGUUUCCCGGAGGGCCUCGACGCCUUUGUCAAACAGCUCACUGCCCUGCAGACCAAAGGUGCAGACGGCAAGGCCCAGGCUCUCCAGUUUGGUAUCUGGGUGGAGCCCGAGAUGGUGUCGCCCACCUCGGAGCUGUACGAGGCUCACCCUGACUGGGCCCUCCACGCUGGAAAGAGAAAGCGUACCGAAUGUCGUUCUCAGCUGGUGCUCGACUUGAGCAAGCGCGAGGUCCAGGACUAUAUCAUCAAGACCAUUGGCGACAUUCUCGCCUCGGCUAACAUCUCGUACGUCAAGUGGGACAACAACCGCCCAAUGCACGAGAUGCCCUCCCCUUCGACCCCUCACUCCUACAUGCUCGGCCUCUACCGUGUGCUGGACAAGCUCACUACCCGCUUCCCCGAUAUUCUCUGGGAGGGCUGUGCGUCGGGCGGCGGUCGUUUCGACCCUGGCAUCCUCUACUACUGGCCCCAGUCGUGGACAUCGGACGAUACCGACGCCAUUGAGCGUCUGUACAUCCAGUGGGGUACCACGCUCGCCUACCCUCCCUCGGCCAUGGGAUGCCACGUCUCUGCAUGCCCCAAUCACCAGGUUGGCCGCACCACGCCGCUCAUGUUCCGCAUGCACGUGGCCCUCAUGGGUGGCAGCUUUGGGUUCGAGCUCGAUGUCGACAAGAUCGAUCCUGCCGACCGUGCCGCCAUCCCCGAGCUCAUUGCGCUCAGCGACCGCGUCGCGCCCUUCGUCAUCCAUGGCGACCAGUACCGCCUGGCCGCGCCCGAGACCAACUGGCCGUCGGUCAUGUACACUGCUGCGGACGGAAAGGAGGCUGUCCUGCUUGCGUUCCAGAUGCAGGCCCGCCUCCGCAUCUACCCUGCGGCGCUUAAGCUCGAGGGUCUAGAUGCUGACGCAAAGUACAAUGUUGAGGGUGUCGAGUACACUGGCGCCGCCCUCAUGAACUCGGGGCUCAGGUUGCAGUGGAAGUCGGAGGACUUCCAGAGCCAGGUGUUGUUCAUUCGUAAGGUUUAG